AUGCGUCCCGAGGUCGAGCAGGAGCUCUCGCACACGCUGCUCAUUGAGCUGCUCGCAUACCAGUUCGCCUCGCCCGUCAGGUGGAUCGAGACGCAGGAUGUCGUCCUCGGCGAGAAGACGACGGAGCGCAUCGUCGAGAUCGGCCCCGCAGACACGCUCGGGGUCAUGGCGAAGCGCACCCUCGCCAGCAAAUACGAAGGACACGAUGCGGCGCGGUCGCUGCAGCGUCAGAUCCUGUGCUACAACAAAGACGCCAAGGACAUCUACUACGACGUAGACCCAAUAGAGGAGGAACCAGAGGCUCCCGCGGCGGCCUCAUCAGCGCCCUCUUCUGCACCCGCCUCUUCAGCACCUGCCGCCGCCGCCGCAGCCCCUCCACCACCGAGUGCCGGGCCCGCAGCUCAGGUGCCAGAUGCCCCCGUCACAGCCACCGACAUUCUGCGGACACUGGUGGCCCAGAAGCUGAAGAAGCCGCUCAUGGACAUUCCGCUGAGCAAGGCCAUCAAGGAUUUAGUCGGAGGCAAGUCCACGCUUCAGAACGAAAUCCUCGGAGACCUGGGCAAGGAGUUUGGCUCGACUCCCGAAAAGCCCGAAGAUACCCCUCUCGACGAGCUCGGUGCUUCGAUGCAGGCUACCUUCAAUGGUCAGCUUGGCAAGCAGUCCUCCUCGCUCAUUGCCCGCAUGGUGUCAGCCAAGAUGCCUGGUGGCUUCAACAUCACAGCCGUGCGAAAGCACCUCGAGACAAGAUGGGGACUGGCCCAAGGGCGACAGGACGGAGUUUUGCUGCUCGCCAUCACCAACGAGCCAGCAGCUCGUCUUGCCUCAGAAGCCGACGGCAAGGCUUUCCUCGAUGAGCAAGCAAAUAAAUACGCGGGUAUCGCUGGAAUCAGCCUGUCUGCGCCUACAGCCGGCGGAGACGCUGGUGGUUCGGGCGGCGGCAUGAUGAUGGACCCCGCGGCGAUCGACGCCCUCACAAAGGACCAACGCCAACUGUUCAAGCAGCAGCUUGAGCUUUUCGCGCGUUACCUCAAGAUCGAUCUUCGUGCGGGAGACAAGUCGUUCGUCGACUCGCAGAAGGCGCAAUCUGCGCUCCAAGCCCAGCUUGACCUCUGGAACACUGAGCACGGCGAAUUCUAUGCGUCCGGCAUUGAACCCCAAUUCACACCGCUCAAGGCGCGCGUCUACGACUCAUCAUGGAACUGGGCGCGUCAGGACGCUCUCACUAUGUACUACGAUAUUAUCUUUGGCAAGCUGAAGGCUGUCGACCGUGAGAUUGUCAGUCGCUGCAUCGCCAUCAUGAACCGCUCGAAUCCUCUCCUUCUCGACUUCAUGCAAUACCACAUGGACCACUGCCCUACUGAGCGCGGUGAGACAUAUGAGCUUGCAAAGGAGCUCGGUCAGCAGCUCAUCGACAACUGCAAGGAGGUCUUGAACGAGGCUCCCGUCUACAAGGAUGUCGCAGUACCUACCGCGCCCCACCUAGAGAUUGAUGCCAAGGGCAACAUGAACUACAAGGAAGCGCCAAGAGCGAGCGUUCGCAAGCUUGAGCACUACGUGCGCGAGAUGGCUGAGGGCGGAAAGCUGUCCGAGUACGGCAACCGCACUAAGGUCCAGAACGACCUCCAGAGGAUCUACAAGCUCAUCAAGCAACAACACAAGCUCUCCAAGUCCUCGCAACUUCAGAUCAAGAGCCUCUACAGCAAUGUCAUUCGUUCGUUGUCAAUGAACGAGGGACAGAUCAUGCCCAGCGAGAACGGCAAGGCUGCUAGCGGCAAGAGGGGUCGCAACGGUCGCGUCAACCCUUCUGCUAAGCAGGGCAAGGUCGAGACCAUUCCCUUCCUGCAUCUCAAGAGGAAAGAUGACCAUGGCUGGGAGUACAGCAAGAAGUUGACUGGCGUUUACCUGGACUGCCUAGAGGAUGCCGCCAAGUCUGGUGUCACUUUCCAGGGCAAGUACGCUCUUAUGACGGGCGCUGGUGCCGGCUCUAUCGGUGCACAAGUCCUCCAGGGUCUCAUUAGCGGUGGUGCCAAGGUCGUCGUCACAACUUCCAGGUUCUCCCGGGAGGUCACCGAGUACUAUCAGUCCAUGUACUCGCGAUACGGCGCCCGCGGCUCUCAGCUCAUUGUUGUGCCUUUCAACCAGGGCAGCAACCAAGAUGUUGAGGCUUUGGUCGACUACAUCUUCGACACCAAGAAGGGCCUUGGAUGGGAUCUCGACCUCAUCGUUCCUUUUGCUGCCAUCCCCGAGAACGGCCGUGAGAUUGACAGCAUAGAUUCCAAGUCGGAGCUUGCCCAUCGCAUCAUGUUGACCAACCUGCUGCGCAUGCUUGGAGCUGUCAAGAAGCAAAAGCAGGCCUACGGCUACGAGACCCGCCCAGCCCAAGUCAUUCUGCCAUUGUCGCCCAACCACGGAACCUUCGGUAACGAUGGUCUCUACUCAGAAUCCAAGAUGUCGCUCGAGACACUCUUCUCGAGGUGGCACUCUGAAAGCUGGGGCAACUACCUCACCAUCUGUGGUGCCGUCAUCGGCUGGACUCGCGGCACUGGUUUGAUGGGCGCCAACAACAUCGUCGCUGAGGGUAUCGAGAAGUACGGUGUACGCACCUUCUCUCAGCAGGAGAUGGCCUUCAACUUGCUUGGUCUGAUGGCACCACCGAUCGUCAACCUCUGCCAGGUCGAGCCUGUAUGGGCUGAUCUCAACGGCGGCUUCCAGUACAUUCCUAACCUGAAGGACUUGAUGACCGACUUGCGCAAGGAACUCACAGAGACGAGCGACAUCCGCCGCGCCGUCAUCAAGGAGAAUGCCAUCGAGAACAAGGUUGUCAACGGCGAGGCCAGCGAGGCUCUAUACAAGAAGGCCACGAUCGAACCACGUGCAAACAUGAAGUUCGACUUCCCCACCCUACCUGAUUGGGACACAGAGGUCAAGCCGCUCAAUGAUAACCUUAAGGGUAUGGUCGACCUUGAGAAGGUCGUCGUCGUCACUGGUUUCUCCGAGGUCGGUCCUUGGGGUAACUCCAGGACACGCUGGGAGAUGGAAGCGUACGGCGAAUUCUCCAUUGAGGGAUGCGUUGAGAUGGCCUGGAUCAUGGGUCUCAUCAAGAACCACAACGGUCCUCUCAAGGGCAAGAGCUACUCCGGAUGGGUUGACGCCAAGACCAACGAGCCAAUCGACGACAAGGAUGUCAAGCCCAAGUACGAGAAGUACAUUCUCGAGCACGCCGGUAUCCGCCUUAUCGAGCCCGAGCUUUUCAAUGGCUACGACCCCAAGAAGAAGCAGCUUAUGCAAGAGAUCCAGAUUGAGGAGGAUCUCGAUCCAUUCGAGGCUUCCAAGGAGCUUGCGGAGGAGUUCAAGAAGGAGCAUGGCGACAAGGUUGAGAUCUUUGCGAUCGAGGAGUCUAGCGAAUACACUGUCCGCAUGAAGAAGGGAGCUACACUCCUCCUUCCCAAGGCUCUUCGCUUCGACCGUCUCGUAGCUGGUCAAAUCCCGACUGGCUGGGAUGCAAAGAAGUACGGUGUGCCGGACGACAUCAUCUCCCAAGUCGACCCUGUCACACUCUUCGUGCUUGUAUCCACGGCCGAGUGUCUGCUUGCCAGUGGUAUCACCGACCCCUACGAGUUCUACCAAUAUGUCCACUUGUCUCAAGUCGGUAACUGCGUCGGUUCCGGUAUUGGUGGUACUACCGCCCUUCGAGGAAUGUACAAAGACCGUUUCAUGGACAAGCCAGUCCAGAAGGAUAUUCUGCAAGAGUCUUUCAUCAACACUAUGAGCGCUUGGGUCAACAUGUUGCUCAUUUCAUCCACUGGACCUAUUAAGACACCCGUCGGUGCUUGCGCCACUGCUGUUGAGUCUCUUGAUAUCGGUUACGACACCAUCGUUGAAGGAAAGGCUCGCGUCUGCUUUGUUGGUGGCUUCGAUGACUUCCAAGAGGAAGGCUCAUACGAAUUCGCCAACAUGAAGGCUACUAGCAACGCCGAAGACGAAUUCGCUCAUGGACGUACACCCAAGGAGAUGUCGCGCCCCACCACCACAACCCGAAAUGGCUUCAUGGAGUCGCAGGGUUGCGGUAUGCAAGUCAUCAUGGACGCCAAGCUCGCCCUCGACAUGGGAGUCCCCAUCUACGGUAUCCUUGGCUUCACGGCCACAGCAACCGACAAGAUUGGUCGUUCCGUCCCUGCUCCAGGAAAGGGUGUACUGACCACCGCACGAGAGAACCCGUCCAAGUUCCCCUCUCCGCUACUUGACAUCAAGUACAGGAGGAGACAGAUGGACCUCCGCCGCAAGCAGAUUAAACAGUGGCAGGAGUCGGAAGUCCUCUACCUCCAGGAGGAAGUCGCGGCGAUGAAGGACGCUACUGGCGAGGACUUCGACGAGGCUGCCUACCUCGAGGAGCGUGCUGCUAACAUCGAGAUGGAAGCUAAGCGACAAGAGAAGGACGCGCUCAACAGUCUCGGUAACAGCUUCUGGAAGCAAGACUCACGCAUCGCUCCUCUUCGUGGUGCACUUGCUACCUGGGGCCUUACCAUUGACGAUCUCGAUGUUGCUUCUUUCCACGGUACCUCCACUGUUGCGAACGACAAGAACGAGUCCGACGUCAUCAACCACCAGAUGCGCCACCUGGGCCGUAAGAAGGGCAAUGCGCUGCUUGGUAUCUGGCAGAAGUACCUCACUGGUCAUCCCAAGGGUGCUGCCGGUGCUUGGAUGUUCAACGGCUGCUUGCAGGUGCUCAACACUGGUCUCGUACCUGGCAACCGCAACGCCGAUAACGUCGACAAGAUCAUGGAGCAAUACGACUACAUCGUCUACCCGUCGCAGGCCAUCCAGACCGAUGGGAUCAAGGCCUUCUCCGUUACUUCAUUCGGUUUCGGACAGAAGGGAACUCAAGCUAUCGGUAUCCACCCCAAGUACCUCUUCGCCGCGCUUGAGCACCACCAUUUCGCUGCCUACAAGCAGAAGGUUGAGGCUCGCCAAAAGAAGGCCUACCGAUACUUCCACGAUGGCCUCAUCAACAACACCAUGUUCCGUGCCAAGGACAAGGCGCCGUACGAGGAUGAGAAGAUGCAAGAGGUCUUCCUCAACCCACAAGCGCGUGUCACCAUGAACAAGAAGACUUCGACAUACAGCUAUGCGAAGACCCCUGCACCCAAGAAGGACAAGAAGGCGCAGGAGACGAUGAAGAUGGUUGAGCAACUCACUCAAGCCACAGCUUCGGCCAACAGCAAGGUUGGUGUCGACGUUGAGAGCAUCAGUGCACUCAACAUCGAGAACGAGACCUUCAUCGAGCGCAACUUCACCGACAAGGAAAUUGCAUACUGCCAAAAGGCACCAAACCCGCAAGCCAGCUUCACAGGCAAGUGGUCAGCGAAGGAAGCUGUCUUCAAGUCUCUUGGUGUCAAGGGUCAAGGCGCCGGUGCUCCACUGAAGGAUAUCGAGAUCAUCAACGACGAGUCUGGCGCACCAACUGUUCAGCUCUACGGCAAAGCCGACGAAGAAGCCAAGCGCGUAGGUGUCAAGAACAUCAACAUCAGCAUCAGCCACUCGGACGACCAGGCUGUUUCCGUCGCCAUCGCGCAAUGUUAA